CGGGAUGGGUUUAUCUUUCAGACCUCCUUAACGCUCACAGGCCUGGCCAGGUGUUUACUACACCUCUCCCAGCCUCCAGCUGUCUGAAUUAUUAAAACAUUCAUUCUUUCUCUCCCUUUCUCUCACAUUUCAACAGGUACCCUCUGUACAAUAGCACUCGCCCUCAAACCCAGCCACCAGCAGCCCUCUUUUUCCAUCACUCGAUGCAGUCUGUUGACAGAGCACAGUGGAGAUUGUUGCUGCACUAAAAAGGCCCCACAGAAGACAAGGAUGACUUUCUAUUUCUGGUUUCUCUUCCAACUUUGUAUCACAAGCCCCAACUCCGUGCUUCAGCCCCCGUGCCUGAAAGGAUGUGACUGCCACAGCAUGUUCAAAUUCGUCAACUGCUCAAGUUAUUCCUUCACCUUCAUCCCAAACGCCACUCCCUCGGACACAGAACACCUUGAUUUAUCCCGAAACAACCUGACAACUAUUCCAGACAGGGCCUUCUGGCCCCUCUGGAGGCUGAAGGUGCUCCUAAUGAAUGACAACAACAUCAGCCACAUUGCAGACGGAGCGUUCUCUUCCCUUCAGAGCCUUGAAAAGCUGGAUUUGAGCCGUAACAAGCUGGCUGCUCUUGGUAACAGAUUUUCCAUUGGUCUCAAUUCUCUAAGGGAACUAGUGUUGUCAGAAAACAAGCUGAAGGCCUUGCUUAGCAACAGCCUCCUGCACCUAGAGAACCUGGAGAAGCUCAAUAUCAGAGGCAACAGGAUCAGCUUCAUUGAGAAUGGGGCUUUCCGUAGCAUGACCCAUCUCCGGAGGCUGACUUUACAGGACAACAACAUCACCACCCUUCCCCACGGGAUCUUCUCCAUGCUGCCAAAGCUGGAGGUCCUAAACCUGCAGAGCAAUCAGAUCAACAGCACUGAUAUCGGGGUCUUCACCUCCUUGACCAGCUUGUCUUUACUCAACCUGGUCCACAACCACCUGGAGAACAUCAAAUUCAAGACGUUCCUCAGCAUACAGACCUACGGGACUCAUAUCUUGCUGGCCAAUAAUCCCUGGCAUUGUGACUGUGACCUCCAGAGGGUCUUCAGAAAGCUUCAGAGUGUCCAGCGGCUCAUUCUAGAUGACUAUUUCAGCAUGACGUGCACAGAGCCUCCUCAGCUGAAAGGCUACAGGCUGGAUGAUGUGGAUAAUAGGCUGUGCAUCGGAGAGACCGUGGCGGUGCUGAUCAUCACUUUAACUGUCAUUGUGACUGUAGUGGCUGCCAUUGUCAUGGCGGAGAGGAACAGGAAGAAAAGCACUGGCAAGCACUGGAGCGAGGAAAAUGACGUGCCUUACAACUCCCAGGACUAGGAGCGGACAGACCAGAUAUGUACAGAUACAAUUUAUUUGUAUUUAAACACGAUAGACAGCCAGCUCUCUGUUGACCUGCAUUCUUGUCCCACAACCCCUACUGUUAUUCAAAAAUGAAGGGAUAAUAGCAUUUUGUCACUGUUAUAGUCAAUAUUUGAACAAGGGACUUCAAUUAUUUACAAGAAACACGCCCCAGCAAUGACAUUACACCAUUAUACUAUACUACUUUUUAAAGUUAUUUAUAUUUUUACCUUUGUCUCAAAUAAUCAUUGUAGAUCACAGAGAGGAUUUUUUAAGAGCAGGGAUCAAGCAUCUGUUAGAAGUGUUUCAUCAGCAAGCAAGAACAGGUGUCAUGAAUUAGUGUCAUUUCAGCUGUGCUUUAUUCACCAUUCCAUUAUUGAGUAAUAACAGAGUGGUUGACCUCAAUAGAAAACAAUGGGAGAACAGUUGUAUAAUCUACAAUGUUCUACAGUGUUCAAUGUACUCCAGAUUGUCAUUAGCACAUUUUAUUUUCAGAAAAUCACAUCCGCAUAGUUACUCAACCAGAAGUAAAACCUUUAAUUAUAUAACAGUGCAUAUCUGUUUGGUUCUUGUUUUGGAAAAUGAGAUUCAACACUGAGGUAUCCUGUGCAAAUCGACACGUCCGCCAUCUUUAUCGAUUUACCUACAGGGCCCAAAUACAGUACAUACAGCAAAACCAUAAAUAAAUAUUUUAACAGUAAUACUUGAAAAACACUGAGAGUAAGUAGGCUAUCCUGCUUGUCUCUAUUUGCGUUGCUGACAGUUUCCUUCAAAACCAAAAUAUAGUUCAAACUUAUUUAAAACAUUAAAGAGUAACAAGCUUCAAAUUCCCUUAUUGCAAAAAUGUCUUUAUGAAAAUCACUAUUUUGGUUAAUGUUUCUUUUUUUUGUUGUCAGUACACUGCUGUGCACUCCAAUAGAUGGUGCUUGUACUACUAAUGUAAAGUGACUGUAUCUGAUGCAUAGAUCACACACCCUAACUAAUGUAAAGAAACUUUAGCAUGAUCUUGCCUGCAUUACAUAUGCCUAUGGCAGACAACUAGAAUUUAGCACAAAAAUACUAUAUUUCAGUAAUUUCAAUAAUGAACAUUCAAAACAAUUCUACACUUCUUAAGAUAUGUUGCAUCUUUUAAAAAGGUAUCGAUCUGUUGUAUAUUUUAUUCUGUUGUAUCAGCACAUUAUUAAGAUCCAAUACAA